UUUUUAAAACAUUACUUUUUGUGACAAAUUAUUUCUUGUUUUGCCAACAAAUCAAUUGAAUCCAUGGAUAACGAGUCGAUCCGUGAGUACUACGAGCGAGAGUUGGCCAAUGAGAACAGUCCGGCCAUCGCGACCCUCAAGACAUUGAUUGAGUUCCUCAAGAAAGACAUAUCGUUGACAGCCUUAGGUCUUCGCGAGAACGUCCGGUCGGCCAUUGAAUUGCUGAAGAAUAUUGAGCCCAUCACUGAAGUGGAAUCAGUCGCU